UGUCCCUCAGGCUCAUACAAAGCAGAAUUGGAGAAAAACAGUUCAAUUUUGACAAAAUCGUAAUGUGCGCGCCGGUCUUCUUAGGCUUUAGCAUCGAUGAUGUUUUUAUCUGUAUCUAUCAGGCACCCACAUAUCCUGUCUUUGAAGGCUAUGUCAUCUCGCAAUGCUUGUACACCCUUUAUAGUAUACGGUAUCAACGAACACCAAAGUCCUGAAUUAUUUACCGCUACGGCGAUUCUCUCUGGCAUUGAUUCGACAUUCGUAGCAGGAGCAACUCUGGUAUUCUGUACCAGUCGUUUGCUUUCGUUCUUGAAAACUGAUCAAUUUCACAGAUCUCUGGGAUUUCUGUACAAUAUUUAUAUCUUCAUGGAUGGUCCCAACAAAGCCGUUCUGUCGAUAAACACUUACUAUAGGUUGUCGAAUUCGACACCAUCAGACUUACUACCAAGUCAAAUGGCGCUUGACGCGUUAAAUUAUCUGUGUCUCAAGAUUUUCAACGGUGCCAACCAAUUAUUAUACAAGGAUUACCUUGUCCGUGAUGGCGGCAUGUCUAAACCUUCCGAUGACACCGUUACUGAAUCAUCGCUUGAAGUUAGUUCUAAGGAUGAUGAUCUAUCCUCUACCACCGGUGCUUCGAGUUCGGUGAAUGAUGCCAAGCUUUCACAGCCUCGCCGAGAGAUUAUAUGGCAGUCACUCAAUGAAUGCACCACCACCUUGAAAGACACUUCACAGCAGUUCAAAAAUGCUCUCAAAUCUCGAUCCCACUUCGUUUCAUUUGGAACAUGUCAGGGUUAUCGGCGAGAGGAGGUAACACUGACGCCAGUGGUUGCGGAUUGUCGAGUCAUCACAGAUACAACGCCUAUCCUCCAUGAGCAAUGUCCAAUUUGCGGAGAGAAAGUUGGGGAGGGUCCAUUUCGCUGCGUGUGGAAACGAUGCACCUGGUGCUUAGCAUGGGGACAUAGCCGUUGCAGGACGUCGAAGGACUUCCUUUGCAAGGACUGUGCGCCGAGUAUGAAUUUUCAGGGAUCAGGAAUGUCUCUGUGCCCACAAGCUCCAUGGUCGAUCGGCAAAUAUUGUUGGUACCAAUUCGUACAGAACGGGCGGCCUGUAAUCGCUCGCUACCAAUGUCUUGUCCUCCAUGACAGCACCAACAAAAAUCCCCCGUGGAGUAGCCCGCAAUUAUGGCGCCAGGUUUAACAUGCUCGCGGUGUUGUUAAGUCGAUUCCUUGCUUUACUUACUCCCUACAUUCAUCAUGCUUUUAAUAUCGCGCUUCGUAGAUUACUAAUUUUUUGAAUUUUUGUUCGUGUUGUUGUUUUCGCAAGGCUUUCAUUCUUAAGCCAUUUAUAUUCGAAUGUUUACUACAUUGCGAUGCAGGAACAGCCUAUUGUUUACAAUGCAUACUUCCAGAUCUAUCAUCUUCAAUGCAUAAUCCAGGUCCUAGCGCAACCAUUCUCUAUAGUCGGAUGCUAUCUCCCGGUUCUUGUCUACUAGGUCUCUCUCUAACCCUGGAUGUCUCUUCCUCAAAUUAGCAGAUCCAGCGAGGUUGUUUGUGUU